CCUCACCACUACGUUCUCACCUAAAAUCGUACGUCAAAAAAUUGUCAAAUGACCUUGGACGCUGCAGAGCGUACUACGCAGGACAUCAAGUCCGUCAUAGAGGGUGUUGCUCGCGGUGAACUCAACGAGCUGCGCGGUGUAGGCUUCUACAACCGCACAUGGAUCACCACGGAGCGUUUCUGCCGUAUAGGCGAUGGCGUGGACUCGCUUGAGUUUUAUAUUCACUCGCUCUGGCACAUUUACUAUCAACUUGCACUACAUACAUCAAGUGACUCGCUUGAGCACAGCCGCAUCGUGCUCGACAUUGCGCGGAUCCAGGGUAUAGGUGAACUUGUUCGGCCAGUCUCCGGACCAUACGGGCAUGAUGUAGCUCGGACAAGAGACGGUACGCUCUGGGUCGAUUUACCGUUCUUUGUAGCCGACAUGAGCAAGUUUUGGACGACCAAUUACGCCGCUCUGCCCGGCACACAGCGCCUGAACUUUGCUUCAUUCCUCGCCAAGACGGCGUCGGUGCGCGUUGCCAAAGACAAGUUGUGCCAGAUUGCUCUCAUGCUAUUCCGCAAUACCUUCGAAGAAGAGCGUGAUAUCGGCACCAAGGACGACCCAGACAAGAACGGCCCAGAGCACGAAAACAUGCCACUGACGGUUACGCAGCUACUACCCGCGGUGGCCGAAUGGAUCCGCGAAGCCGGCCAUGUACUUCUAGAGAUCGCGGAUAGUGAAUGGAAUGCGUGCAGCAGUGAGUUUAGUGCGGGUGGUCGAGCAUUCAAAGAGUCACCGUUCUAUCAGAGGGCAGCGCCGGGGUUCUCGCCGAUGCGUUGGAUGUUUUGGAUCAAGAAGCUACGGAUAUCAUUGACAGGGUGAUGCAGGAUGUGCAGACGCGCAAUGUAAAGAUGAUUCUAGAGUUUAAGGAGUAUAAGGAGCUGCACGACGACGAGCAUUUUGCGGGUUUAAAGGAGCUUAUCAUGGAGGAUGCCCAGAGAGGGAAAUAAUUUCGUGUUUUGGCGUGAGUAUGCAAGCUUAUGGUACUGAUUAUCGAUAUCUUCCAGCGAGGCUGGCAGGUGGCACACUUGUGAAGACGCCAUCCUGUUCGUGGUUACUACCCGUGUGCAAGGUCAUCAGUCCCUACAACGAGUCAAUAGAAACAAGUCUUUUCUAGCCAAGUCAACU